AUGGGUGGGAACAUCCAGAAGUCCAAAGCCUUUCGGAUUCCAGCAGUGGACGGCAAGAACCUUUCCUUGGACUCGCCGAUUACCCGACGCGUCAUCGACGCCGAUGCCUUGGCGCGCGCAAAGCGCGCGAGGCGGCUGGGCUUGUACAGCAUCGUGCACGACUGCGAGAAUGAGUUGGUAAACUUCGACGACCACCUCACACCGGGUGCGGUGGCCUGCGCGCUAUCUCACCAUGCUGCGCUUCGGAAAGUGGCCAGCGACCCCGCCGCAGACUGGGGGCUGAUUCUGGAGGAUGACGUGUCGCUGGUGGUACCAGAUGUUGACAGGUCCAUUGCUACCAUACUGGAGCAGCUACCUGAUCACUGGAGCGCAGUGUUUCUUGGAUACCACAACAAGUACGGCUGCCCGCAUCGGCGCGCUGUGAACUCAUCCUACACGCGCUCGGAGGAGGAAGAGGCGGAACCAGAGCCUGUCUUUGAGAUCCACGAUCACAACUGGGGACUCUAUGCCUGGAUGGUGAAGAAGGAAGCAGCACAAACUCUGGUUGACGAGCUUUUCCCGAUCAGCAGCCAAGUUGACUACGCUAUCUCGAAGUUCCUCAUUACCAGGUUCCUGGGUGAGCAAGACAGCCAAGAGUCCCUUUAUCUCGUCUUCGGUUGA